AUGAGGAGAAGUGAGGUGCUCGUGGACAAGUCCAUUCUGUGUCUGCAGAAAGCCCUGAUAAACCUUUGGGAGCUAUGGGAAGUCAUUGGGACUCCCGAGGACCAACGGCUACAAAGAACGGAGGUUGUGAAGAAGCACAUCAAGGACCUCCUGGACAUGGAGGAAGGGGAGCCGACCAUCUUGCAGCUAGAAAAGGAUUUGUGGACUCAGGUGAAACUCAUGCGGAAACAGAAGGAGAGAAAACGUGAGCUGAAGCUGUUUCAAGAACAAGAUCAAGAACUGUGUGAAGUCCUCUGCGUGCCACGCUAUGACAUUGACGGUACACGGGUCCCUAGCGUGGAGGAGAUGAGCCAGUUCAGGCAGCAUAUGGCCACCCUGAAGGAGAUGAAGGCCUCUUGGCUCGAGGAGUUCGUCACCCUGAAGAAGCAGAUCAUACUGUGUAUGGAAGAACUGGACCACACCCCAGACACGAGCUUCAAACGAGACGUGGUGUGUGAAGACGAAGAUGCCUUUUGUUUGUCAUUGGACAAUAUCGCAAUGCUACAGAAGUUGCUACAGCAGCUAGACAUGUGGAAGCCACAAAACGAAGCAGUGCGUGAGGGGCCGCGCGCUCAAAUCCAGGAGCUCUGGGACAGGCUGCAAAUACCAGCAGAGGGGAGAGACGCUCUGGCCAUGGUUAUGACUGGGUCGAAGGCCAAGGUCAAGAAAACUGUGCAGUCAGAAGUGGAUCGCUUGGAAGAACUGAAAAAGCAAAACAUGAAGACAUGGAUCGAGGCGAUCCGAGUGGAGCUGGAGAAGUACUGGCACCAGUGUUUCUACAGCCAGGAGCAGAGACAGGCUUUUGUUGUUUACUCUAAUGAAGACUACACAGAAACUCUGCUCCAGCUCCAUGACGCUGAGAUUGUGCGGUUAAAAAGCUACUACGAGCUUCACAGAGAACUCUUCGAAGGUGUGCGGAAGUGGGAAGAGAGCUGGAGGCUCUUCUUAGACUUUGAGAGAAAAGCGUCAGAUCCAAGUUGGUUCACAAACCGAGGAAGAAAUCUUCUAAAAGAGGAAAAGCAACGAGUGAGGCUCCAAAAAACACUCUCUAAGCUGGAAGAGGAACUGAUGGCCCAGAUUGAAACGUAGGAAAAGGAGCAUUCCAAGGCAUUUGUGGUGAAUGGACAGAAAUUCAUGGAGUACGUGGCCGAACAGUGGGAGGUGUACCGCCUAGAGAAAGAGCGCACCAAGCAGGAAAGGCAACUGAAGAACAAGAAGCAGAUGGAGACGGAGAUGCUGUACGGCAGUGUGCCCCGGACACCCAGCAAGCGGCGAGGGCUGCCACCCUCCACACCUGGGAAGGUGUGCUAGCCUGUCCUCACUUCCACCUGCUCAGGGAAGAAACAAACGUGUGCCGCCCUCCAUGGAGCCAACAAGGAGAACCUGGAGCUCAAUGGCAGCUUGCUGAGCAUGAGAACUUUCAAAGGCCUCCAGAUCUGA